AUGGCAGAGAGUGCUGUGAACUUCUUAAUACAAAACUUGGGGCCUUUGCUGGUGGAUGAAGUGCAGUUGUUGAAGGGGGUCGACGAACAAGUUCGUGAACUCAUAAAUGAGUUCGAAAGCAUCAGAUCCGUCUUAAGGGAUGCUGACACAAGGCAAGAUACCAGUGAAGGCCUCAAGACAUGGGUGAAACAAAUAAGAGAAGUUGCUUACGACGUCGAGGAUGUUCUUGACAAGUUCAUGCUUGGCUUAGCACAAGAGCAGAACAGCUCCCAUGGAUUCGUCGAUUCUCUUCAUAGACGCAUCAAGCGGUUGAAGCCGGGCCAUCAGAUUGCAUCGUUGCUACAAGAAAUCAAAACCAGAAUCCGUAAGAUUACGGAGAGAAAAGAUGCUUACGCUCUCAAUGGAAUAGAGCAAGGUUCAAGCUCCAACAACAUGAGUGAUCAAUGGUAUGAUCCUCAAUUGAAUGCUCUUUUCAUUGAGGAAGCUCAUCUUGUGGGCAUCGACAUGCCAAGGAGCCAAUUGAUCAGAUGGUUAAGGAAUGGAGAUUCGAGACUCUCGACGAUUUCGGUGGUCGGGAUGGGUGGCCUAGGUAAGACCACUCUAGUAAAAAAAGUCUAUGAUAGCCAACAGGUAAAAAAACGUUUUGAAACAUAUGCUUGGAUCACCGUCUCGCAAUCGUUCAAACCGGAGGAUCUAUUUAGAAACAUGAUAAAGCAAUUCUUCGAGGCGAAUGAAGAUCUGUCUCCCCAAGGAGUAGAUGCGAUGACACAUGUCGAGCUAAUCCAAGUGCUACGGAGCUACUUGCAGAACAAAAGGUAUGUGCUUGUUCUAGAUGAUGUAUGGGAGGCACAUGUAUGGAAUUUCGUAAGCAAUGCAUUGCCCACUGGUGAAUAUGGUAGCUGGGUAAUGAUCACCACACGCAAAGGUAACGUUGCAUCAUCUUCUUACAUCGGACCCUCCAAUCACAUCUACAACCUUCAGCCUCUGCAUCCAGAAAAUAACUGGUCCCUCUUUUGCAGGAAGGCGUUCCAAUCAAACGAGGAGAACAGCUGUCCUCAGGAAUUGGAGAAGCUUUCUCAAACUUUCGUCAAAAAAUGCUGA